UUUUUUGCUUCGUUUGUUUUGCUUAAUUUUUUGACCGACUUCUGGGACAAGAACAACAUCAAGAGCUACAACAACAUGGAUACAGAGACGCCAGCUCAACUAGACAAAAAUCAGACGGCAACAGUUCCGAGACAGGAAACUGUGGAGGGAGGAAACACAGGUGAAACGGCGGGUGGCGGUGCAGCAGCCAAGGUCCCCAAGGAACAGGACCACGAUGCGGAGUACCAUCCGCCCACAAGCUAUCUGGAGACCAUCGUGCACUUGUUCAAGGGCAACAUUGGACCGGGUCUGUUCGCCAUGGGAGAUGCCUUCAAGAACGGAGGUCUGCUGGUGGCCCCCAUCCUCACUGUGGUCAUAGCAGUGGUGUCCAUCCACUGCCAACAUGUCCUGGUGACCUGCUCCAAGAGGAUGCGCGACCUUAAGGGGGAGACCGUAUGUGCGGACUAUGCCCAGACUGUGGAGCAGUGCUUCGAGAAUGGGCCGCCAAAGCUGAGGGGCUGGUCCCGAACGAUGGGUCGACUGGUGGACAUAUUCAUAUGUGUGACCCAGUUGGGCUUUUGUUGCAUAUACUUUGUGUUCAUCAGCACGAAUCUGAAGCAGAUACUGCAAGCCUACGAUAUCGACAUGAAUGUCCAUCUGGUGAUGCUGCUGGCCUUCGUACCCGUUCUCCUCAGUUCGCUGAUCACGAACCUCAAGUGGCUGACCCCCGUCUCCAUGUUCGCCAAUGUUUGCAUGAUCCUGGGCCUGGCCAUAACACUGUACUAUGCCCUCAAGGACGGACUGCCGGAGGUGGAGGAACGCGCCCUCUGGACGAAUGGCUCCCAGCUGGCUCUCUUCUUCGGCACCGCCAUCUUUGCCUUCGAGGGCAUUGCCCUGGUGAUGCCGCUGAAGAACGCCAUGCGAAAGCCACACCAGUUCGAGCGACCCUUGGGUGUGCUCAAUGUGGGCAUGUUCCUCGUCUCCGUCAUGUUCAUGUUCGCCGGAUCCGUGGGCUACAUGAAGUGGGGCGAGCAGGUCGGCGGAAGUUUGACCCUCAAUCUGGGCGAUACCAUACUGGCCCAGGCGGUCAAACUGAUGGUGUCCGCUGGAGUUCUGCUCGGCUAUCCUCUGCAAUUCUUCGUGGCCAUCCAGAUUAUGUGGCCAGGUGCCAAGCAAAUGUGCGGCAUCGAAGGACGAUCACUGUUUGGAGAGCUUGGCUUCCGCACUUUUAUGGUCCUGGUGACUCUUGCCAUUGCGGAAAUGGUACCGGCCCUGGGACUUUUCAUCUCGCUGAUAGGAGCACUAUGCUCAACGGCCUUGGCCCUGGUGUUUCCGCCAGUCAUCGAAUUGAUCUCAAUGAGUGAGCUGAACAAAGGACCGGGCACCUGGAUUUGCGUGAAGAACCUCGUCAUUCUGGUGAUGGCUUUACUGGGCUUCUUCACUGGCUCCUACGAAAGUCUCAAGCAAAUUGUCAAGCACUUCGGGGAGGAGGAGGUGCACUGAGAAUGAACCAACUAUUGAAGACAACAUCGAAAACUAAAGAUCCCCAUCAAUGGCAGAAGUCUUUCAAGAACGGAUGCAUGAAAUUAUCAUCAUUGUAGUCUUCCCAGGUGAUCAAGCAAUAUAAAACGCAAUGGCUCAAUUAAAUCAACCUAGUAGUUACAAAAAUGUAGUUUAGAGUGACUACUCCUACAAACGCCAAAAUUACCAUACAAUAUCAUAUGCACAACAAACUCAGGACUCCGGCGCGAAAUACACGAUGAAUAUUAAUGACCACCAGAAAAUCGAUUUGAGGAGAAACACAAUGAUUAACGAUCUUCGAGUUUUGAGAUGAGUAAUCAGUUAGGAUGCCUUACACAAACAAUACAGGAAAGGCAGACGAAUUUAUUAAGACGAAAUGAUAUACCAAACCUCAAUAAAUUAAAGCUUUAAAGAUAAUGAAAAAUUAACGACAAACAUUUAACGACCAUAAUUUUAGCAAUAUUGUCACAUUAUAAAUUAUAAACAUUAU